AUGGCCAGAAUGACCAAAGCAGUAGAUCAGAAUGUUGACCAUGACUGUGAAGUGGAGAAAAUGACAGAGAGAGAAAAGAGUGCAGAGAAUUGGAGCAGGAUAAAAGAUAAACCAGAGGAUGAGGAAGUGGGAGAGGAUGAUGUCAACAAUGAUGAUGAUGAUGAUGAUGAUGAUGACAACGUCAGUAAUAAUAGCUGUAGUGAGAGUACCACCGAGAAGAUCAAAUCAAAGGAUCAACAACUUGACCGUGACUAUGAGGAGUACAAACCAACAGAGAAGGUGGCAGAGAAUAUGUCUCAAGGAAUGGAUGAGCUAGGGAAUGUAGAACUGGCAGUGGAUGAUGAUGAUAUUAAUAAUAUCAGUAGUUCUGCCAAGAUUAAGGCACAGGCGUCCAAAGCAGUAGAUCAGCCUCUUUACCUGAACUGUGAGGGGGACAAAGUAACAGAGAGAGAAGGGAGGGCCACAGAGAAUUUGUGCCCAGAAGAGAAUGAUCUAUGGAAUGAAAAAGUGACAGAGGAGGACGUAGAGGUAGAGGAAGAGGAAGAGGAGGAAGAUGAUCAGUAUGAGAUCUAUACCAAAGAGGAGGAGGAUGAUCUAGAAGAAGAUGAUGAUGAAGGCAUAAGAAAAUUGUACUGCAGUCCAACCUACUCAACUGAGAUCUUCCAAACUCUGAAUCAGCUGAGGAACUCUUCUCUUUUCACUGACUUGACUCUGAACACUGAGGAUGGCCUGGCCCUCUAUGCUCACUCUUCAGUUAUGGCUGCUCUGAGCUCUGUUGUCAAGCAGAGGCUUCGGGAAAGGAAUGGAUGCAGGGAUGGUGAGAGGGAAAGAGAAUUCACCCUAUCUUUCGAUGUAGAGGUGACUCAUUUUGGGCUGGCUGCGGUGCUGGAGUUUGCCUACACAGGUCAAAUAACUUGUCUGGACAAAGGCAUGUUGGCCCAGAUUCGGGCUGCAGCUCUCAGUCUGGGUGUCCCUAGGGUUCUGGACUUCUGCAAGGAACAAGAAGAGAGGGAGAUAAAGGCAGGAGGAGGAGAGAAGAGAGAGGAUAAAAAAACAAAACUCUCUGCUGAAGAGCAGACAAAAAUCACUCUAGAGUCUAUUAGACAGCUGUGGGCUGAAAGAGUGGGCUGUGAUGUGGAACUGGAGGUUGAAGGAAGACGGUUCCAUGCCCACAGGGUGAUCCUUGCAGCCAGCAGUGACUACUUUCGGGGCAUGUUCACCAGUGGUAUGAGGGAUUCCCACCAGCCAUGUGUGACCCUGUUGUUGCUGAGGAUGUCUGAAUUUGAACCCCUUCUUCAAUGUUCAUACAGUGGAAACCUAGCUCUUGGCUGGGGGUGUGUUUUUGAACUUGCUUGUACAGCCCUCCAGUUUCAAUUUCAGCAUGCAUAUUCAUUGUGUAUGGAUUUUUUGAAGCAGGAGAUAGAUGCCAACUCAUGCCUGGAUGUUGUCUCUUUCGCUGAGGCAUUUGAGAUGGGUUGGUUGCAUGAAGUGGCUGAGGAUUUUGUCUUGAGGAACUUCCUGGAUGUGGCAAUGACUCCCAAGUUCCUCGACUUGCCUGUGGAAAAGCUGAAGGAGUACUUGCGAAGUGAUGCCCUCUGUGUUCCUUCUGAACUGCCUGUGUUCAAGGCAGUUGUCUCAUGGAUUGAAGCCAAUCCUAGAAAACGGGUACGACUUGCCAGGGAACUGAUGGGAACCAUCCAGUUUCCCCUAAUGACCUUCAAGGAAUUCAAGGAGGUGAAAGCCAUAUCUGGUUGGCCGAAGUGCAGCGCGAAAGACCUCUACGAGUCCCUGUUAGAAGAGUUCUGUUCCACUUCUGCUGAUUACCAAUCUCACUGUAGGGUCUACUUACCGAAAGAUGCCCUAAUCCUAGUUGGAGGUGAGAGGAUCACAGAGGACUUUGACAAUCGCUAUCCCUGCAAGGAGAUUUGGUUUGGCAACUCUUUCCGCAACCAUACUGGCCUGGUGAAGCGGGUGGAGUGGAGGAUGCUUGCGAAUUUGCCAGAACAACCUCGUUUCAGUCACGGAGUGGCAGUGCUGAAGGGGAAGCUGUAUGUGGUUGGAGGACGACACUACUAUGGGACAGAAGACACCUUGAAUUCUACUUACAGGUAUGAUCCAUACCAGAACAGCUGGCAAAGAAUGGCUGAUAUGCAUGAAAAAAGGAGCAUCUUUUCACUGGUUGUAUUAGAUGGAGAAUUAUAUGCUAUCGGUGGGGAGAGAGAUUCACAGACAAGUACAGAAAGUGUUGAGAAUUAUUGUCCCAGUACCGACUCCUGGAGCUUUUCACACCCUUUGGAUCAGGCACUCAGUGGCCAUGCAGCUACUUUGUGGUGUGGAAAGAUUUUUAUUUCUGGCGGUUUUGACAGCAAGUAUCAGUGCCUGGACUCUAUGUUCCAGUACAGCCCAGACACUGGAAUCACAUAUGUGUCUGAGAUGAACCACAGUCGGGCCCUGCACUGUAUGGAAACACUACGUGAUUGUGUGUAUGUGGCAGGGGGCGUCUCUGCUGACAGGAAUGGACAGCUUGUUGACCAGUUUGCCUGUGAGAUCUACGACCCCGCGGGUGACUGCUGGAGUUCCAUCACGCCCCUUCCUGUUCCCCACGUGGCCGCAGGCUCAGCAACCUUGGAGGGGAAGCUCUACAUAGUGGGUGGAUACUGCCAGGAAGACUACAGCGAGUCAAGACAGGUACAUCGUUACGAUCCUCCAACUCAACGCUGGGAGAACAUGAGCAUGACGCCUGGGCCCAACACUUGCUUGGGAGUCUGUGUACUGAGUUUACCUGCCCACCUGAGACGGUGA